AUGCAUGUAACGAAUAUUAAUUGGCGGGGAUCAUGUCUCUGCUCCCUCACCCUGAUUCUGGCAGCGUCACUGGGAGGCGAGGCCGCGCGCCUGGAUCCGGGCUCCUUUCCACUCGACUGGCCCCCCCAGCCUGUCAAGAUGGAUGAUCUCGUCGUUCCCAAGGGUUAUCUGCUUGAGAAGCACUUCGCCACGACCUCCGACGGGUAUAUCCUGAGCCUUUAUCGAAUCCCCUUUGGUCGCGCCGGCCGCGGCGGUCCACCACGCGCCCCGCUGAUUCUGCAACAUGGUAUAUUCGACACGAGUGCUACCUGGGUACUGAAUGACCCCGAUCAGAGCUUGGCGUUCCUGGCAGCGGAGGCCGGCUGGGACGUCUGGCUGCCCAACUCGCGGGGGAAUGACUUCAGCCUCGAGCACACCACGCUGGACAUCUCCCAGCGCGAGUACUGGAAUUUCACCUUUGGCACCAUGGCUGAGGAGGACUUGCCAGCAAUUAUGGAGUAUGUCUUGGAGAAGACCAGGCACCCCAAGCUCGCAUACGUCGGGCACUCCCAGGGGGCAACCCAGCUGGUAGCCGCCUCCAGUCGCCACCCCGAGCUGGCGGAGAAGGUCAGCCUGGCGGUGCUGCUGGCCCCUGUCCUGAGCAUGCAGCGUGUUGACAGCCUGCUCUGGAACUUCCUGGCCAAGUUGAAUGUGGACAGGCUUCUGGCGUUGUCCGGGCUGGCAUUCCGCAUUGGGCAGUCCAACCUGCUGUCCAGGACCGUGAUCCAGCUGGCCUGCCCCUCUGGCGGGGGCCUGGAGCCCAUCCUCUGCUCCUCCAUCCUCACGCUGGCCUGCGGCUUCAAUGAAAACCAGCUGAACAUGACGCGAUUCAAGGAUUACGUCAAGUACCUCCCUGGCGGCACCAGCAUCUACAACGCCCAGCACUGGCUGCAGCUCCUGCGCGGAGCUCGCCGACUGGGCCGCCCGGUCUUCCAGUCGUACAGCUGGGGCGAUGACUGCCCCCGGCGCCCACCCUUCUUCUGGUGGGAGCCGGGAACCUGCAACGCCUGGGCGUACAGAGACGGCGUCGUGCCGAGCUACGACCUCUCUAAAGUCAACAUUCCCCUUGUGGUGUAUGCCGGGGAAGGAGAUAAGCUUGGAGUUGCUCAAGACACUGCAGAUGCACUGGCGGCCAUGCCAUCCCAGACCGUCCUGAACUUCACCACCGUCCAUGAUUAUGAGCACCUCGACUUUGUGAGCGAGCACAGUGACAUGGAGUGUCGUGGCAAAGUACGAUCUCUACCCCGAGAUACUGGAGUGGCUUAA